CGGCUCCCCAACAUCGCAACGCGACCAAUGGGAUCCUUCCGCUCCGCUGCGCGGCAGAGGCGGCGGUCAAGCUGAGCCGGCGGAGAAUGAAGCCGUCUUUCCAAGACAAAGGACCACAAAGAGACGAUGACCCAAAUGUACUCUGCACUGUCCUGGACCCGAAUCCAGAGCUCGGCGCCAAACCGUGAUCCCCCAACAACGACCUGCUCCACUUUCCACCCACGAGCCGCGUUCUUCAGCUGGUCUCCAUCUUGAUGUCGGCUUGAACGCUUAAUAUACAAACGUCUUUUUUUUGCCCCAAACGAAGCAGCGUUACGCCCCAACUGCGCAGAGACAGAAAACCUUCAGGGGCCAGAACACACGAGGGUCUUCCCCUCAUCAUCCCCCCCCCUCUCUCUCUCACCCUCUCUCCCUCUCCCUCUCUCUCUCUCUCUCCCUCUCUCACACACACACACACACACUGCAGGAGCCGGUUGGACGGCCACAAUGAACCCCAGACCUCCGGUGGAGUGGACCGUUGUCUCCGUCUCCAUCUAUGGGAAACUCGCCGUGUCCCUCGGUGCUGAGCCUGGACCGGAGCUUUGGGCUGCGUCCUCCUGUCGAUCUGGAGGUCAGGGGUCAAGAUGGUGAUCGAGCUGCAGAGCCCCGAAGUGGACGCGCCGAGCGCGGAUGAGCUCGAGUGUAAGAUCUGCUACAGCGCGUACAACCUGGCCGCUCGCAGGCCGAAGGUUCUGGGGUGCUGCCACCGGCUGUGCGCCAAGUGCCUCGCCAAGAUCCUGGACCUGGGUGAGUCUCCUCCCGACGCCGUGGCGUGCCCGUUCUGCCGCUACGUCACCGGCCUGCCGGGGCAGGCGGUGAGCGGCCUGCCGGACGACUGCAACCUGGCGGCGGCGCUGGCGCUCCAAAGCAGGAAUCAGAGGAACCUCCACUCCCGCCAGGAGGCGACCACGGAGCUGCUCCUCAGCCCGGGGCUCCUGAGCUCCCUCAUGGGCGGCGGCCCCCCCACAACAUCCUCCUCCUCCUCCUCCUCCUCCGCUUCCUCUGCUUCCUCCUCCUCCAACGCCUACUCCUCCGUCCGGGGCUCCCCAAACUUCGUGGUCAUCACCAUCAUGGAGACGCCUCCCCCUCCGAUGCCGCUCCCCGCCUCCGGCGAAGACCUCCGCCGCCAGCCGCGUGGCCCCCGCGGGGGCUUCCGCUCCUCCAGCCUGGACUCCACGGCGUCCAUCGCGCACAGGUGGACGGCGUGGAACUGCGCGUCCCAGCUGUGCCAGACCUCGGCCCGGGUGCUGGUGUGGGUGCUGGGCCUGCUGUACUUCAGCUCGCUGCCCAUGGGGGUCUACCUGCUCAUCAUGCAGAGGACCACCGUCGGGCUGCUGCUGGUGAGCCUGGUCCCCGCCAGCCUCGUCGUGAUCAUGGUCUACGGGUUCUGCCAGUGCGUCUACCACGAGCUGUGGGACUGCGUGCCGCCGUGACGGCACCAGGCCGGCCGGCCGAUGCUGCUGCCGGGGAGGGAUGCUCCUGUGCUUCUCUGAGGAAGAGAGCAAGAACAUUGUGGAGCUCACAGUUUGGCCGUUUUAUUGUUGUACACGUUCAUGUGUGCUCUGUUUAGCCUGGUGGGCCACUAAUGACCCAGUAGAGAUAAGGAGCGUCGGAUUGAGCUAAAACGUUAACGCCAAUUCCCCUGUCAUCUGCAAGACGAGUGACAGCUGACAGCUGUGGUCAGAAACCUGAAGGUGUUUUAGGUAUUAAUAACCUGUGGAUGUCAUUUGUGUGUCUCAGCCACACGUGCAUCAAAGUCGACUUUAACAUUAUGAUGUCUUGGUGGUUCUUUGAAUAAAAACAGAGAAAAGGGGGAUCAUUAUGUUUUGGUUCUGCUGUUCUUCAGCUCGCUGCCCGGCACCAUUUAGAACAGUAGAUUUGUGUGGACGAUACAAGUAAAACUAAUACCAGUUAAA